UCGUGUAAAUUUUGCUUGUCCUCUGCUAUAAAAUCCGACACCAACACGGGUUCCCUUUGACCCCGAUCAAAAGACGACGUCUCCGACCCACAGGCCACACUUGUCUAUCCGCCCCACUUGCGUUGCGCCUCUCCCCGACGCGGACCACUUCCAAAGCCCAACGCACGCAGCGCUCUAGUAGGACGAGCGAGCCAGCGCCAUUCUCGUCAAGGACCCAGACCCCGUCCAGGUCCACUGUACGUCUGUACCAGAGAGGCAGAGAGCCUUUGUCGCCAUGGCCAUCGCGAGGCUGGUGGCCGCGCCAUUCUUCUCCCCUCUGGCCGCCGCCGCGUCCCGUGCGCGCGCGCGCACGCGCCUGCCGUUCGCGCCGCUCUCGGCUGCGCGCGCCCGGGCCGCAUCGGUGCCCGCGCUGCGCAUGGCUGCCGAGAGCGGCGGCGGCCAGGAGGCCCAGGAAGAGGAUGUGGCGCCGGCGGCGGCGUGGAGGGAGCGCGCGGCGAGGAAGGAGUCGGAGCGGCGGACGUACCUGGUGGCGGCGCUGCUGUCCAGCCUCGGCAUCACCUCCAUGGCCGCCGCCGCCGUCUACUACCGCUUCGCCUGGCAAAUGGAGGGAGGCGGCGAGAUUCCUGUGACCGAAAUGUUCGGCACCUUCGCACUAUCCAUCGGCGCGGCGGUGGGGAUGGAGUUCUGGGCGCGGUGGGCGCACCGGGCGCUGUGGCACGCGUCGCUGUGGGACAUGCACGAGUCGCACCACCGGCCCCGGGACGGGCCCUUCGAGCUCAACGACGUCUUCGCCAUCGUCAACGCCGUCCCGGCCAUGGCCCUCCUCGCCUUCGGCUUCUUCAACCGCGGCCUCGUCCCCGGCCUCUGCUUCGGCGCCGGGCUCGGGAUCACGCUGUUCGGGAUGGCGUACAUGUUCGUCCACGACGGCCUGGUCCACCGCCGGUUCCCCGUGGGGCCCAUCGAGAACGUGCCAUACUUCCGGCGAGUCGCCGCCGCACACCAGAUUCAUCACAUGGACAAGUUCGACAGCGUGCCGUACGGGCUGUUCCUUGGCCCCAAGGAGCUGGAGGAGGUGGGUGGGACCGAGGAGCUGGAGAAGGAGAUCAAGAGGAGGAUCAAGCGGAGAGAGACCCUGGACGCUAGGCAAUGAGAUCCAGCCAUCCAGGCAGCUACUUGCAAUAUAUAUUUUGCAUUUCUUUUCUUUCUCUUCUUUAAUCAUGCUUUGCCGGAUUAGAGUGUUUUUGUUUUCGGUGCUUAUCGUAGCUUUACAGUAUCCGUGUAUGUUCUGUCAAUAGAAGAGGGGUAGUUGUUUAGUUAGAAAAUGGGGGAGCAGCACACACAGGUAUUAGAAAACGCUGUGCUGGGGUUGACACCUGCCAGUACCGGUAUUUGUAUGGUAAUGCUGUCGUAUAUACAGUGGAGUACCCAUCACUGUGCUAUUUGGCUGUAUCCUGCUGAUGACCGCAGUGAUAUGCUGUGCAUAUAUAAAAACAAAAAACUUCCUUUGUUUUGUUUUAA